AUGAUCGGACUUCACGCGCACAUAUCGACGAAUAAUAUUUUUUACAUUAAGCGAGGAAUUAUGACCCUAACAAGUACCCCGUGUGACCUGAGUACCAUGAGUCUGUUUCAAGACCUGAAACUGAAGAGGCGCAAAAUAGAUUCAAGGUGCAGCAGUGACGGUGAGAGCAUAGCGGACACUAGUACUUCAUCACCAGACGUCGCUGGCCCGGCGUCCCCAUCUAACCGAAUGGACAGAUCAGUGCCGUCGCCUGGACUUAUCAUAUCGAUGGAUAGAAUGGCGUCGUCUCCGGAAUGCGGCAGCAUGACCACGGACAGCGGGCAAGACCCGAAUGACGUGGGAGAAGGCGUCAAGGUCAAAGAGGAGAUGUUGGACGAACCGCAACAGAAAGAUGCGAUCGGUAUGGGAUACGAAAACGGGACGGUGACCGAUAACAAGGCGGAACCACCGUCGCCGUCGCCAUCACCUUCGGCGGUGGUUACAGCAGCGUUGGCGGCGGCGGCGACGGCAGCAGCGCAACAGGAGCAGCAGCAGCAGAGACGCGAGUCGGUGGUGAUGACAAGCCCGUUAAGUUGCGUUGUCAAGUCACCAACAACCCCGCCACCGCCACUAUCGUCAUCGUCGUUGUCGCCACCCUUGACUUGGACGACGGCGACUGCUCAAACGAAUCCACCGCCGCUGCGGUGUUACACGCCCUCCUCCGCUGCCAACUCCAUGUCGGUGACGCAGCAGUACCAGCAGCGUCGGCAAUCCGUCGUCACUUCCGUGUCAUCGGCGUUUUGGAACGCGGGCACGCAGACGUCGCCCGCGUCCACUGCGCCGGGUAACGCAUCCGUGGCCACCGCCGCCGCAGCGUCCGUGCUGUCCGUGUGUCGCAUAAAUGGCGUCCGGCCUGAGCUCAUUGGUGGUGCGGGAUUCGCGACCACGGCUGCGGUCGCCACCUGCAACACUGACAUGAAACCUCCGGCUGCCAUACCCCCGCGGACCACCCGGUCUGCACCCACCGUCAUAAUGGGCGAAGCGGGUGGAGUUCGGACUAUGAUCUGGUCCAGUCCACCAAGCACCGUGGAACAGUCUACGUCACCCGCCAGCACUGGCUGCGGUUCUGUACCAUCAACGGUCAGCACGCCGUACUGGUCGUCCGCGGCCUCAUGGUCGUCCAACACGUCGUCCACAUCGUCCCCGUCCCCUUCACCCGCAGCGGUCAGUGAAGAGUCAGCCGCUCAUCUACUGUUAAACCUUGGCGUGGCCGCUGGCCAUGAUGUGGCGUCUGUCAUCAGCCACAUGCCCGGUCUCAGGCCCAUUGGUGGCCAGCUGCAGCAGACGUCAGUGGGCGGUGGUGGAAGUGGAGGUGGUGGUGGUGGUGGUGGCGGCGGCAACGUCACCAGUGGUGGACAGCAGAGCUUUCACGUGCCGCUCAAUAUGGAACGGCUGUGGGCCGGUGACCUGUCCCAACUCCCGGUGGCCGCCACGCAUCAGAUGCACGCGCUCAACCUGACGGCCAACACGGGACCCGGAUGGCCGAUGGCUGGUUCCAAUGGUGACAACAAGUCUGCGCCUGUUAACGCAUACCACCAGAUGGAGGAGGCUGACGAACAGGAACAACCCAUGGUGUGUAUGAUCUGUGACGACCGAGCCACUGGUCUCCAUUACGGCAUUAUCACUUGCGAAGGAUGCAAGGGGUUCUUCAAACGUACCGUCCAAAACCGGAGGAUAUACACGUGUAUAGCUGAAGGCACUUGUGAAAUAACAAAAGCUCAAAGAAACAGGUGUCAAUACUGCCGGUUUAAGAAAUGCAUCGGUCAAGGAAUGGUGUUGCAGGCCGUCCGAGAAGAUAGAAUGCCGGGUGGACGAAAUUCUGGCGCUGUAUACAACUUGUACAAGGUAAAGUAUAAGAAGAAGAGGCCCCCGAAGAACGGACAAGUAAAAAUGGAGAAGUCCGUCACAUGCACCACGGCCAGUACCAUGACCACGAUUAAAACAGAAAACCAGGAUAACAAUUCCUCGUCUAUGUCGACUCUGGUCAACGGCACCAUACUAAAGACUGCACUAACGAACCCCAGUGAGGUCGUUUAUCUCAGACAACGACUAGACAACGCCGUGAGUUCGUCGAGGGACCGUACGUUUUCGAUCGAAGCUACGGUGAACAUGAUCAAGAACCUCAUGGACUGCGACGAGUUUCAAGAUAUUGCCACUCUGCGGAACAUGGAGGAUUUACUCGAACACAAUUCUGAUCUGUCAGCCAAACUGAUGCAGAUCGGCGACUCAAUCGUGUACAAACUGGUGCAGUGGACCAAGCGUCUUCCUUUUUACCUCGAAUUGCCAGUCGAAGUGCAUACGAGACUUUUGACACACAAGUGGCAUGAACUGCUGGUGUUGACCACCUCGGCGUAUCAAGCGAUACACGGCCCCCAGAAGAUAUGGAACUCCACCAACAUGAACGGUGACCGGAACGAGGAUUCCGAAUUCCACCAAGAGGUGUUUCAAAAUCUGUGUAUAUUGCAAAACUGCCUGUCCUCGAUGAUGGGCAAACCCAUAACGAUGGACCAGCUCCGGCAAGAUGUUGGCGUAAUGGUGGAGAAGAUCACACACGUCACCCUCAUGUUCAGGAGGUUAAAGCUGCGAAUGGAAGAAUACGUGUGCCUAAAAGUCAUAAUUAUGUUAACACAGAAUAAUGGUAAUACCACUAGUGAGCUGGAAACCAUUCAAGAGAGAUAUACGUCUUGCCUGAAGACUUAUGUCGAACACACUUUUCCCAUGCAACCCAACAGGUUGCAAGAUCUCCUUCAACGACUGCCAGAGAUUCAGUCAGCUGCUUCGCUCUUGUUAGAGUCAAAAAUGUUUUAUGUGCCUUUCCUCUUGAACUCCACGAUCAGAAGUUAG